AUGGUGAGAUUUGGGGGGAAGAAAAAGGACCAGGCAACGGCAAGGAAUACCCCGAAGACUGGACCAUUGAAGUUUCUCAGAAGAAUCAAGGUUGGCUCAAGGGCAAGAUCAGAUGACAGCCAGCCUGAGAAUUAUCUUGAGGCAACUUGCACAUUGGCAAAUCCUCUUGAGACGUCAGCUACCGGUAAUGUCGGUACCGGUAUCAGGCAAAAUUCGGUGGUUGCGCUUGGUGGGAGCUCACAAGACAACACGACGAAAAUAGAAGACAAUGACAAUGAGGGGCAAUUACAAGUUCCACGGGAAUUGACAGCGGGAUUCCGAGCUACCGGUAGAUCAGAUGGCAGUCAGCAAUCAAAUACAGACAAUUAUCUCGAGGCAUCUUGUCAGAGACCAGAGUCUCAGGGUGGAUCUGGAAAUGUGGGCAUCCCAAUUCACAACCUUGUUUCGGCUUCUAAGCCCGGGGUGGCCGAACGCGGUUGUAGCGUAGAAAGUUUUCUGGGGGGUCUUGAUGACAAUGGCGAUUGCACGCAAUGGAGUUGCUCUUCUUGUGCCUUUACGGGAAAUCCAGAGUCUUUCAUGGCGUGUUUUCAGUGCAAUGAGCCUCGUAGUCCGCACACUGAUACCAACUCUACCAAUGCAAUUAGGGGAAGUUCAGCAGGAAGCACAGGGUGGGGUAUGCCAAUGAUUACAGAAUUGAGAUCCAGCAAAAGCGGGAGACAUUGGUCCUGCAACUUUUGCACAUUUGCUGGGAACUUCGAGGGGAAAUCGAGCUGUGAGCUCUGCGGGACUCCCAGGGGACGAGGGUCGGGGGGCAGUAGUGCUUUUAUGGUGCCGUUUGAUGAGUCAAGUUCAAGGGAGGAGGAGAUGGGGCAAACAGGUGACAACAGCAAUGUGCAGCAAGAGAUUGCCCAUGAAAUUGGGGGAAACAAAACACUGGCCAACUACGUUCUCCAGGGAGAUAUCUUCUCCCUUGUGUACCAAGCCUCUGGGGCUGGUACAGAAGACCCCAGAGUCCAAGUUCAGGCGACCUGGGGGCUAAUGAAGCUAGCGAAAGAAGAUGCUGGUUUCCGUAAACUCAUGUUGUCCCAUGGGUGUUUUGCUUGCUUCUCGGAAAUAUUUUCCAAGGCUGAGAAACACACCAACUACAUCUUGAAAACUCUAGCUGCCUUGACACUGGCGUAUAUGUUGGCCGCGGCCAACCAAGAUACGCUGCAUUACAUGAAGUUUGAAAUCAAAGAAUCUUUGGACUACCUGUGUGCACAAUGCAACGAACCUCUCUUUUUGGGAGGCAGCACAGGGGCAAUCGUGUCUGUAGAAGAAAUAAUUCUGGUGGGACAAACAAAAGGAACCUAUCGCCAUCGGCGUCAACAAGAACAACGACAGUACACACCAGAGGCCGCGCCGCAACCAAUCCCCCCGACCGUGGCUGCGCCUCCACCCAUGACAUCUUUAACUUCCACCACGAGUACGGUGGCAGAGGGUUGGAUCAAAACAAGGCGGCAGUCUAUGACAAUGCAUCAAGAUGCCAGGGCGAUGUUUCGGCGGUUGGAUCACUCCCCCAUAGACUCAUAUACUGCCAUUUGGGACCCACUGAAAGAGAUUUUCGAACUCGUGACAAAUGACAACAAUAUGCGAAGUCAGGUCAUUGCUUUAGACUCUCUUUCGCUGAAGACAUUGAUCAGAUUCUCCUCAAAUGGCUCAGACUUCGAAAUGCUCAAUCCCAAGCAACGAGGCAAGAUUCGUGCACUGGCUUCCUUGGUCGUAGCCUACGUGCUCUGUUCACACGAGAGCAUGUUGUCAGUAAUGGUUUAUUCCGAACAGAUUGAGGAGUGCUUGGGAUUCCUGGAGGGCUUAUCGACCGAAGGACAUCUGAUCACUUCGGAAGCACUAAAUGUGAGCGCACAUCAAUUACGGUAUCUCCCAAUGGCUGCGCGUCGCUGCUUGAAGGUGCACAUGGAUCUGCUGCAAACGAUUCCGGGCAGUAAUGAAGCACCACAGAAGGCAUACACGCGCUUCUGCCGAUUGAUUCAAACGAGUCGCAGAUGCAAGGAUGUUUCUCGCCUGAUCGAGCUGAUGCAACACAACGUGGUGGUUCAGAAUCCAUCUCUGCAAAUGGCCAGCCUCGUAGCCCUGAUGAACCAUUGUAGUCAAACGGAGAUACAACAGCAGGAAGCGUGGGACCAAAGCCUGGUAGACUGUUUACUUCCUAUGUACUUGGCCUCCGCCAAGAACGAUCGAUCUUUGCGAACCAUUUUGGCCUUGAUCGUUGUGCAGCUUGUACUGGCGAGCUCGGAGCGACUGUAUUUUAACUCGGGUCACACCCAACAAAACUCCAUUCUGGAUAUGAUCGAGGACCUGUGCAAGGCCACCCAAGAUGUGAACCUUCACUAUGCUGUCCCUGCGAAAGCGCUAGAUGACGAUGACACAGAAAUGGCUUCAGUGGAAAUUUUUGUGACGGAAAUGAUUGGCAAAGGCGAACGUGCUAGAGGAUUAGUAGCCCGCGAGCCGGCGGAAGCAAAGGGCAUGCCUGAAUCCAACAUGUUUGCUUUGAACGGGGUAUCGCUCACGCCGGAGCCUGUCGAACUGGUAGCGCGCUCAGCCGAUCUUCCCCCGAAUCCGAUGGUCGUUCAACCAAUCCAGCCCGAAGACUUAGCAGCACUGUUGAGCAAUCUAAACCCGCAGAAAAACGACCGAGCAACUCAGUUGACGGCAGCCGCAACACUCAUGGCUAACGCGGAGAAGAGGAAAGUGUUUCGGGAAAGAAUGAUUGAUUUGGAGGCGUUCGAGCCGUUGCUGCUUGCGUACACGCAGUGCAACGAAAACGACUACAAGCUUCGGACAGCUAUAGCGCUCACAGUUGCUCACAUACUGCGAUCAUCUCCGCAAAAGCUACGCAUGACGCUCAAACAGCGGCGUCGUAUUGACGGCUGUCUUUCUUUUCUCCGCAGUUCGCGAAAAGAUGUAGUUCUAAAUGGGAAGACGAUUGUUGCAGAGUCACUCUUGUACCUUGGCAACCAGGCCCGAGGCUACUUCGAGGUCAUCAGUCAACGAAGGCAGGAGUCUAAACGACUACUGAUGAGCGUUGGAAAGAAUGAGGAUGGAAUGAAUGAGGUUGUGCCUGCGCCAAGUCUCACACGGGUCCGUUCAUCAAGACCUCAAGAAGAAACGGUUCAGGUGGAGCGGCCAAAUCCAAAGCUUCAGCUUCCGCAGACGACGUUAACACGACAAUCGACAGUUGGUGGUUCGUCUAGUGGCAUCGUGUCGGCUUUGUUCUUUCUUGGAUCCACUGAAUAUGAUCGAAGAGUCGAUGCAGCAGUGGCUCUCAUGAAGAUUGCAAAGGAGAGCCCAACCCAGAGAGUUCUGAUGCACAACUAUGGUUUGGUGCCACGGAUGGUAGAUAUAGUCCAAUCGAGAGAUGGUGGAGAGUCAUCAAAACUGCGGCUACUUGCCGCGAUGACGGUUGCCUAUGUCGCACCAUCGUCGCACCACGACUUGUUUCUCGAAACCCAUGACAUCCAAGAGUGCACUGGCGUGUUGCUCUCCCACGGCAACGCAAGUGUCGCGGUCAAUGACAUGGUGAUCUCAAACCAGGAGCUGCUUUGGGCAACAGAGAACUUGCGCCGAUACGAAAGAAGGCAGUCCGAAAGGGAACGAGAUCCAGUCUUCCUGUCAACGGAUGGCAACAAAUCCCCGGCUAACUGUUUCAUAGACCUGCAAGAAAUCUUUCGAAAGAAGCAUGUGACAAGCUUGAUAGAGAUUGUAAGCACUGGCUCGUGCAGACAGUUUGAUGCGGCAUUACUGCUGCUCGCAAUGGUGAAAAAGGACAAGAAACACCUUCAGGAGAUAGUUUCAUCCAGAGGAAUCGAUGUCCUCUUAACUGUCUUCUUUCAAUGGGAAGAUUCUUCAGAUGAUCUACGAGUUGCUAUAGCAAUGCUGGUGACAUCCAUUGCCCCUUUCGUCCAAGAUCCCUCGGACAAGCAACAGCUGGAAAUGGCACAAUGUGUGCAGUUUACACAGGAUCGUCAGUCGACUACCCAGCGGAUGAUUGCAAAAGCAGCCAACAAGGUUGCUUCGCGCGAACUCAAGCUUGAGCCGACAUCAUAUAACUACAUGAAAGAAGAUGGUUUCCUCGGCGUAGUGAAACUCAACUCGCUUGGACUAGUCAGCGAGACUGGCUCUUGGUUAUGGCAGGAGAUCAACUCGUGCACAGCGAACCCUAGUGAACAAUCAGCAGUAUCAAUUGUAAUGCAGGACUUGAGCAAGGCAGAUGUGGUUCUGAACGUCAUGCAGCCUCGCAAGGCGUCCCAACUGUUCGAAGAUGUCAGCGGGCGCCUCACUUUCUCCCGGAAGAGGGAACGUACAAAUCGUUCUUCUAGUUUUCUCAAGGUACCCAGGAUAAAGGAUAUAUCCUGCGCAGAUCAACCCGAUUUUCUGGGUGUGAGCGUUUAUCAUCUGAAACAUCAUUUUCUUCCUGCUGUGACGGCAACACAAGGGCUAUCGAAACACUCCAAAUUCUACGAAAUUGAGAACUUGAAGGAGGCCACUGGUUUUGUUCGACGGAGGGGCCAGCAUGUUCGUUGUCCAUUGGACGGCAGAAUGGGCGCGGCCUAUGUUCAUUGCUUACAAGGGGAAGAUCACGUGGGCAUUGCCAAUCACAUGCUUAGCUGGACCUGGAGUUACAGUGUCAGUGAGGUUGUUGAGACGUUGGAUGGAUAUUGCCAAACGCACGACCUUGAUCCAACUCGGACAUACGUGUGGCUUUGCUGUCUUUGCUUGAACCAACAUCGAGUUUUCCAGUCCAACCUCUCCGGCAUUCAAAGGUCUGCUUCGACUCUGGACUUUGAGAAUGAGUUCCAGAGGCGCGUCCUCGGUAUUGGGCGGGUCCUUGUGAUGAUGCAGCCUUGGGCGGAUCCUAAGAACCUACGCCGUGCAUGGUGUAUUUUUGAAAUUUUCAUGGGGCUUGUAACUGAAAACUGCGAGGUGUCGUUUGUCAUGACACGCACAGAACGAGAUCGGAUGGCGAUACGGUUGUUUUCCUCAUUUGGAGGGGCAGAAAAGACUGGAGUGGACCUGCUCUACUCUACCUUGAAUCAGGUCGACCUCGAGCAAGCGCAGUCUUCAGUGCAGCAAGAUAAAGACAGAAUUUUAGAUCUGAUCCGGCAACGAAUUGGCUUCGAAGAAGUCAACCUUAUCGUGAGAGACAGGCUUCGAGCGUGGGUCAAGAGCGUCAUCGACGGACUCGUCGCAGAAAGAGAACGACUCGAAGAGCAACGUGUGAUGGACGAUAGUUGCUUGAGCAAUGAGAGCUUGACGAGAGGAACACAGCUUUCACACGCAACCUUCCUUAAGCAAGUAGGAGACAUUUACGCCUUGUACGGCGACUUUCGAUCAGCUGAGCAGAUGUAUACAGGGUGCCUUGCUGAUCGUGUUGCUGUGCUAGGGACGGACCACCUAGACGUGGCGGAGGCCUAUACAAAGAUUGGCAAGGCACUUGCCGCACGAGGCUACCACGGCGAAGCCAUUGAUGUUUACUUGAAAGCCCUUCGAAUUCGGGGGAAACAUUUGGCUCGCAAUCACUUGGACCUUGCUACAACCUACGUUCACAUUGGCCGUCUCUUGCAUGAGAUGGGCGACGUGCAGGAAUCUUUGACAAUAAUGAGAAAAGCUCUCGCAAUUCAAGAGGAGUCAUUGGGCCAGAACCACCGCGAAAGUGCCUUGACCUCCGCUCAUAUUGCCAUACUUUUAGGGGAGUGUUCAGAACGCGAAGGCACGUGUGCUCAGGGUUUGCAAAUGGCUCAGAAGGCCCUUGGAAUCCUGCAAGGAGCUGUUGGGAAUCAACAUCCUGAUACCGCGUUCUGUUUCUUUUCCAUUGGAGCGUUGCUGCAAAACAUUUGUAUGGACGAGGCUCUCUCGGCAAUGGACCAAUGCCGCUGCAUUCAAGAAAAAGUGCUGGGCAACCAGCAUGUAGCGUUGGCAACAACCUACGGCUGCCUCGGCGAAAUGCUACGACGCGAGGGGAGGCUGAGGGAUGCUAUGAAACGAUUCCGGCAAGCUCUGAGCGUCCUUCAGCACUCUCAUUCACACAUGCAUAUUUCGAUAAUUCGCGUAUACGCCCACAUGGCGGUGGUGGCUUGCAUGUUGCAAGACCACGAAGAAGCGGACGAUCUGCACGAGGCAGUGGUUGCGUUUUUGCACACCUGCCCCAUCCAGUUUGAUUCGAAGUUGCUUCGGAUUUACAGCGCUGCCGCAGAGGGUCGGUACCGAAGGGGGGAUCAAUCGACUGCGCUGCGACUUUUCCGUCAGAGCCUUGAAGUGAAAGAGGCCAUGUUGGGUGAAAAUGAUCCAUCCUUACCAGUUGGCUACGAUAUGCUGGAUCUCUUGGGUGACGUUCAAGGCGAAGACGACUGUGUGUUGUUGGAAGAAUUCAAAUCAUCUUUGUCUCUUCUUCCAGUCGUUUCUGAAGGGGUUGGAGCUUCUAUCGAAGAAAGGGCACCACCGCCCAAGCUGUUGGAAGGGGUAACCACACAAUGGCUCGAAAGACGUCGUUGCAGUGUCUAG